AUGCCAGUCGAUUCGAUCCGCCCCGGCGACGAUCCGCGUGUGCAGCACCGCUACGCCGUGCUCAAUGGCGUGAAGUACCACUACCUGUACGCCGAGCCCGAGGGGGGGAAGUGGAGCGACACUGUUGUUUUGAUCCACGGAUGGCCCGAUCUCUCGAUCGGCUGGCGCUACCAGAUCCCCAUGCUGCUGGGCCUUGGGUUCAGGGUUGUCGCGCCGGACAUGAUGGGGUACGGGGGGACGGACGCGCCCCAGGUCCCGCCAAACUCUAUAACCCUCUACGGGCUGAAACGCGCCUCGGAUGAUAUCGCCGCGCUCGCGAAGGAAGUAAACGCGCCGCGCAUCAUCCUGGGCGGCCACGACUGGGGCGGCUCCGUAGUCUGGCGCGCCGCAGCGUACUACCCGCAGCUCAUCACCCAUGUGUUCUCCGUGUGCACGCCCUACACCGCGCCCCACAAGCACUACAUCUCCACCGAGCAGCUCGUCAGCGGCCCGCUGCCGCAGUUCGCGUACCAGAUCCACCUCGCGUCGGGCGAGAUCGAGAAGAGCGUCACGGACGCGGCGGCCAUACGGCAGUUCCUCAAGGGCGUGUAUGGGGCGCGGGGGCCGGGGGGGGAGGUGGUGUUCGACCCGCUCAAGGGGAUUGAUGUGGAGGGGUUGGGGCGGGUGGGGGAGAGCCGGGUGUUGAAUGGGGAGACCCUCGACUUCUACGUCCAACAAUACGCCAUCCACGGCAUCCACCCAACCCUCAACUGGUACCGCCAGCGCUACACAAACUGGGAAGAAGACCAGGCGCUCCUCGCCAAGAAGACCCUGCACCAGCCCGUCCUCUUCAUCCAGGCCGCCUACGACUCGGUCCUCAAGCCCGAGAUGUCGGCUAGCAUGGACAGCCUGAUUCCGCGCCUCACGCGCGCCGAGGUCGCGGCCACUCACUGGGCGCUGACGCAGAAGCCGGCGGAGGUGAAUGCGCUGAUUCGCGGGUGGUUGGAGAAGGAGGGUCUGGUGCGGGCGAAGAGCGCGUUGUGA